GGCUUCAGCCACGUUUCCUGCUGUAGCCUCAGGGCGAUCACGGCAACCUCCAGCUUAAACAUCAUGACAUUUUCGGCCUUGAAACUUGCUGAGCCGGACUCCAAUACUGUCGUUUGAGAUUCCGACACAUAGAAUAUGGGCGCGACAAUGUCCGUUAUCAAGACGCUAAUUGUUCCCGCCGUCAUCUCCUUGAUACUCUUUAUCCUCCUCACAUACGUACUCAUUCCUCUCUGGCGCCGAUAUGCCCGCUACAGCCAGUACCUACCUCUCGACACACUGUCUUCUCAAACAUCGUCUCUGCGACAGCGCAUAACGUCCCGAAUAGCCACUUGGCGCUCUAAUCGCGGCGUCACGUUCGCAUCCGAUGACGCCUCCAAUGACGGGCUGGAAGACGAUGAUGGAGAGGAACUUGGGAACGUCGACGAGGAUACCUGGCGCCAGAUGGAGGCUGAUACUCGUGCUGCUCGGCCAGACAGCACCAGGCGAUUAAGUAGAGAUCUUGAAGAGGGUUUUAGGGACGAUAGCGACGAUGAGCCAGACCGGCUUGCAAGGAAUAAUUUUAGGUCAUAAUGUUUCAAUUCAAUACGUUUCUUGCACCCUCCGGGUUCAUGACAAAAUACCUUACAUAUAUAUCAAGCAGAACACAUCCCUGAGGUGACAGAAGAAAUAGCCGGUCAUACUUAAUAUAUUAAAAUACUUAUUUUAAUUUAGGAGAAAACUGAUAAAGUUUAGUAUAUCUUUAUAUAUCUUUAUAUCUUUAUAGAUUUUCAUUUUUAUUAUCCUUUUAGCUUAGGAUACCUUUCAAGACUACU